AUGUCACAACACGAAAUAAACCCAGACCUCCUUCCCAUCGCAAUUUCUGCCAAAACUUUAACUCCAACGCCCAGUGCUUCAGGUUCUGAUCUCCUCUACUCCACUAUCGAAGCCAUCAUCCAAGAUGUGCAAGCUCGAUCCGAUUUUAAUCACCCAGACCUUCUUGUAAUUACCGAUAUUACAAUACAAGAGGGUGAAGAACUCUGGGACAGGCUUGACGAAAAUUUCGAGUCGAGCGGGAUCCGAAAGUCCCUCAAUACGCGCGCUAGAACCUUGAGCAUCAAGCUGUGA